AUGGACGAAACGAAGGUUAUUUAUCACAUUGAUGACGAAGAUACACCUUACCUUGUAAAGUUGCCCAAAAGUCCUGCUGAAGUUACGCUUUCUGACUUCAAAAAUGUACUCAAUCGGCCGAGUUAUAAGUUCUUCUUCAAGAGUAUGGACGACGACUUUGGGUGAGUUUGUGUACCAAAUAAGCGCUCUCUGUGUAGAUUCAUUUCUUAGGCACUGUUUGCAUUGUCUCUUUUCGCUGUACAGUUCUUUCUCAAGCGGUAAUCUUCCGAUUUUCAGCAGGUUAUGUAUCUGUAUAAAUAGUCUUUGAAAUACAUUUGUUUAGGAAAACACCGACCUGCCUCGUUCUUCUAUCCAAUGUUUUCAAAUCCGUCUUGUUUUGCUUUGAAGCCAUACUGUGUGAAAGUUCGCUCGCUGUCAGCAUGUUCCGUGUCUCCCUGUGUAUAGCUACGACUGUACAUAGCCUUUUCUUGUAUAAUCAGUUUUCCGUUAUUUCAAGCGAUCCACGGCGAGUCAUUGCUGGCGAGUUUUGGCGCAGAUCUCACGCAUUCCAUCCGAACUUUUCUGAUGGCUUUCUCGAUUGUAAUUGAUACCUUUUUCGUUCAUGAUAACUUCGAUCUCUUUUGCAGUGUGGUCAAAGAAGAGAUAAGCGAUGAAGAGAUGAACUUACCAUGUUUUAAUGGAAGAGUAGUCGCAUGGGUAAGUGGUUUUGCUAUUUCUUUGUAAGUUCCGAUCGUAGCUGUAAAAUGAAUUACCGGCGAAGCCAUUCAAGAGAUCGGGUUUGUUGAUAUAUUUUCGUUGCAUGAAAUAAAGUUUAUUUUAAGUUGUAACUCAGUCAAGAUCGUCAAUUGCCUUUUAGAACGCAGAUUUGUAAAAGAAAUGAUCUGAUCGUCUUUCUAGUGCGUUUUCCUUCCUCGUGAUUCCACAGAGAAGGAUAUCCGUCUGGCGCCAAGGUUCAUGUUUAUGCUUCUUAGGAUGAUCUUGAUUUAAAGCCAUUAUUAUACGAAAAGCAACUGUAGAGAAUUAUCCUUAAACAUAAACAUGUUUUGCCGGUAUUUAUUGCCCAGGCUUUAAAAUUUACUUCCUUUUUUACUUGUCCCCCAUUACCCCAAACCUCAAACUUCUAGCAGUCAUUUGUUAUCUCAAAAAAGAUAUUGGCUCUCCGAUUGUGCUUCAGUAAUAAAGUUUGGUUGAAUGUACAAGCCUCAUAUUUUAUUUACAUCUCAUCGAUUUCCUACUGAGGCCAUUGUUAAGAAAGGAGAUUUAAUCAAGGUUAUACGGACGGAAUGGUAACUGUUUCGUUGAUUUUAACUCCGUCCUUUUAUCGCAAAUCAGACAAUUUUUUGUUCAAAAGGCUUCUAGCUGUCAUUCCAAAAUGAAUUAUUAUGGUGAUUUGCAUUCUUCUUGUUUGUCAAGAGUAAAAGUAAUUUUUUUGAGUGAAUGAUUCGGCCAAUGCGAGAAGUACUGGCUCUUUGAAGGGAAAGAGCUAUUUAAUACUAGGUUUGCAAUUAGGAGGCUAUUCAUUAAAUUGUCAUCAGUGUGAAGGAUGCCGUUCUUUGAAAGGCCGGUCGCGUAUUUUAGUUUUUUAAGUAACUUGCCCUUCAUGAUUUUGAGGUGCAAGUGUCGUGGGGCCAGACAGUUUUUAUGGUCAAAUUUUAUCACUGAGAAAGGUAGUUGUAUAUUGUUAAGCUUCCUAGCGUACUGUUCGAUAUUUAUGAAUCAUCAUAAAGCUAACUUCUAGACGAUUAUUUUAUUCAAGAUUUCUAAGUAUGAUUGUAAAGAUUGUUUGCCGUCCUCUUUGGAUGGCUUCACAUUGAUGUACAUCUAAGUAAAUGGAUCUGUGAGAAACAGAUGGUUUGUAAAAAAUACCAAAAAAAUUUACUCUACGACACACGGAGAGCAUAGAUUAGUGAGAGAUUGGUUGUAUAUUUCGCUUUUUCAUCUUAUCUUCCUCUUUAGUGUGAUUUUUCCACCUGUCUGUUAAUAAUUUUGGGUGUUCUACUUUGUCAGUAAGGCCGAGAUUUCAAUUUUGGAUGGAUGUGCUAAUUAGUCUGUUAGCCUUGCUCAUUAGUACCCUUUAUGUUGGAUUAGAACAAUAAGAGCCUUUUUUUCUUGGACAAGACCAUGAGAAAGAAAGACCUUUUGUUCUAAUAUCUUUACGCUGAACCAGAGAGUCUUAGUGACGAUUGUUAAAUUGCUUGUGAGCUUGGUGGUGUAAAAAGGAGAUUAACGACCAAGUAUUUUUUUAUCAUAAAUAUGCUUUUAAAUCCAGCCAUUGGUUUUGCUUUUUAAAACAAAUAUAGCAUAUUUUGUGGUUUAUAAUAAACCAAGUGUAAACCACAUGUUACAUCCUUUUAUAUUUUUCUAUAUUCUGUUAAGUGGUUCUAUGCCCCACUAAAAUAUUUUGCAGAAGUUUCAAAUAUGUUGGUGAAGCUAUAUUGUUCACUAAGUGACUUAAUUACCAGUGUAUGAUAAGAAACGUUUUUGCAGCCAAAACAAUUAGAGCAAUAUAUAAAUAUCUAAAAUUUAUGUUUAUUUGUGCAGUGAACAAAAUAAAAUAUCGUAGUAAAGGAUCUUAGUACUGCCUUCAAUGCAUUCACUUAAAUUUACUUUGUCUGAGGUUUGACUAUUUUAAUGCUUAAUUAAGUUGUUUGCCUAGAGACUGUUUGGCAGUUCAAUUAAAAUACUGUAACGAGGGCAAAAAGAAGUAAAUGCAAAGCAAUAUAUUUUGAUGUAAUCUUGAUGUUGUCGUAUGCCUUGUUAUAACUCCUCCAUGUACUCUGUUUGGCUUCACUCUAGAAAGGGCGCUCUCAGUUGACUGUUUGCUAGAACAAAAAUAGUAAAUAAUGCCAUGUUCUCUGGAGAUUGUUCUUCUGAGAGAUUUAAUUGUAACCAUAGCAAAGUCCUGCUUAUGUGCAAUAUAAGAGUUACAUAGUAAUAAAGUGUAGUCCAUCAGCUCUGCUAAUGGAAGACACUAAGGAUCUUAAACAAGGCAAUCAGUGUAUUCUAUGCAGUUUUAUGAGGCCACCAUAGGGGUGGGGGCCAGUUUCUCUCUUUUCUGUGUUCACAAAUUGAGAGAGAAAGCAAGUUCCUGUCAGCAUUUUGUACUCUGUGUUUUGUAACCAUUUCUUCAACUUGUGUUCCUUAGUCAAAGCUCUUUAUGUUGUGGUUCAAUUUUAUCCUUGGUUUAAGUUGGUUAAAUUUGUACUUUGUUUUUUGGUAUGUUAAUGAAUGACAGUGAAACAAGGGAAUGUCUUGUCUUGUCUACUUUUAAUACAAUAACAGGUCCUUUUUGAUAAUAAUAAUAUUAAUUAUUAAUGAUAGUAAUAGAUGAUUAACCUGUGAUCAAUUCAUUGUUUCAGCUUGUCACAUCAGACACAAGUAGUGUAUCAGAUCAAGGCAGCAGAGAUGACCAGCAGUCUGUUAUAUCAGCUGGAUCUGAUCUUCAUCCUCCUAUGCCAAGAACAGUUGGUAUCGGGGAUUCAAGACCACCAUCCUUCCAGUAAGUAAACACCAUGAUGUAGAGUUGCCUGGCCCCGGUUUUUUAAACACUGGAUAGUGCUUUCCAACAGGGCAGGGUUGUUCCAAGCUGGGUUAAGAUAACCCAGGGUUGGUGCAAAAUUUGAACUCAGAUAUGAGAGCGUAAAAAGCAAAUUCAGUUUAAUUCUCUGUGCCUACAAUUUGAUGACUGGAUACUUUAAAAAGAACAGAAAAAAUUAUCUGAGAUAGUGCUUUUGAUAAAAUGAAAAAGAAACCCGGGUUAAAAUUUGACCCUGGGUGAGUGCUAACUGGUGUUCGAACAACUGGGCCCAGGGAAGUAUUCAAGAAACCGAUUCGCUAUCCACGGGAUAGAGAUUUACCCUUCCGAUAGCAUUAUCUAGUUUUGAAAAAACUAGGGCCUGGAAGAAAACCAUAGCUUGUACUGUUAAAAAUAUAAUAUUGUAUGUUUUCACUGUCUUCACAUGAUAUUCUACAAAAAGAUUCAAAUCAAUCCAUUGUUUUUGUGUCCUACGAGAUGCAUGCCAUGAAUUAUUUUGCGUCUUUGGGGGUUUUUAUACGUCAGGAACACAGGACGCAGACGUAACAAAAUCACUGGGUACCACUACUUUGUUUUCAUACAGGGUUGGCACAGUCUUGAAAAGUCCUUGAAUUUUAGGGGAAGUCCUCAAAAGUCCUUGAAUCCCAUGUUUCCUUGAAAAGUCCUUAAAUUUCUCUGCAAGUCCUUGAAAAGUCCUUGAUUUUUCUUCAACUUUGAAUGUAGUAGCCUGAUGAUUCUUUGUGGUUAUUCAAGAAAGAAUAUAAAUCAUAGCUCAGAGAAUUUAAAGGUUAUUUACAUAAAGUGCUCUCUGUUUUAUCCAAUAAUUAACUAUCAAUUUAAGACAAGUGAACUGAAAAAUGAAGAGAAGUUGGUGAAGCAAAUAGUUAAAGCCUUAAAGUCUUAUUAGAAUAGACUGGGAAUGUGCAUUUUUGUACAAUCUGUGAAAUUAUAUUCCUAGUAGGUGGUCCUUGAAAAUCUCAGGUGAUCCUUGAAAAGUCCUUGAAAAUGGUUGCAAUUUUUUGUAUAAACCCUUUCAUAGAAUCUGGAUCUACUUGCGUCUUUGACAAGUCAUAUUGCAAAACACUUUGACAACAUGACUGGUCCUUUGGGAAACUAGUGCAUUUUGUUCUCUGAUAAGCCAAAGAUUCUGGGGAAACAACAUUAACAAUGUUAUUGUUUCUGUUGGGAGGUGUUUUUAAUGACAGAAACUGGAUUAACACCCUAGGUUCUCCACCCACUCCCACACUUUGUUAUUAUCACAAUGAUCACGAUUUACUUUGAUUUUCAUUUAUUAAAUUGUAUAAUUCAGGUUUAAUCAUUGUCCUACAGUGAAUCAAACUACAGAAAUGUUUCCUAUGCUUUUUAGGAUUAUUAAAGGUCUGGCCCCAGUUGUUCAAAGCUGGAUAGCGCUAUCCACUGUAUAAAUCUCUAUCCAGUGGAUAGUGCAAUUGGUUUCCUUAAUACUUAUCGACUGCAGAGAGAUUUACCGAUGGAAAGCUCUAUCCAGCUUUUGAACAACUGGGGCCAGCAGGUUAUGUGACCACCUAAAGUAACAUUUAGUGGCCACAUGAUGUCUGUAUCCUGUUUUUUUAUCUGUUAGAAAAUGAGAAAAUUCUGAUCUUAUAGUCCUACUAAAACUGCAAGAACAGAAAUUAAACUGUUCUUAUCAUCUACUGAAACUAAGGAGUACAGUCAAGGCUAAAACUAAUUAUUUUGAUCUGUCAAUUUUAUAUUUGUUUUGUUGCUUGUUCUAGUCAUGGAGGUCACUCCACUACAGGGGAUUUUGAUUCAGAAGUCGAUUCUACAGUUAGUUCUAGAAGAGGUUCCAGAAGACGGGAAAAACAUAGUAUAAACAGAAAUGAGGGUGAGUUUGCUAAACCGGAUAAAACAAGGCAGACCUACAUGUAGAUAUAUAGGGCUAGGAUGUAAAAGUAGGCGACUUGGGGAUCAACUGCCGUAGACAAUUUGAAGCUUUCACUCGUUCAUUCCACCCAUGUUCCCCUAAAAGUAGAUGGCUCAGAUGUCAAAGGAGCUGGUUGUUUACCUGAAUGCUGGCACCUAAUGAGAAACCUGUAAAACCACAAUGUUACAUGUAGGUCCUUCAACGUAAAAUCUGCAGAGUAUUUUAACCUUGCAGUCAAGUACUUUUGACAUUACUAAAAUGGGACUAAUGGAUUGUUUAUUUUUCCAUGUGUUACAGUAAUCCAUGGUCGACGGCGGCAUGAUGGGGAUAGAUAUGAAAGUGCUUCGAUGAUGAGUAGCGAUAUUGAAACAACAAGUUACCAAGAUUCUUCAGAUGAUCAAAGCAGGUAAACUACAUGUAAAGCUGCAGUGUAAGAUAAAUUGAAGGGAGUCCAGUGCUCUGAACCUGUGACAGCCAGGGUGCGGGGGUAUGGUUUCUAUGAAAAAACUAAGGGUGCUUUCCAUUCAACCAAAAUUCCAGUUUGAAGUUUUGGAUAUUUCACUUGUCCAAUAAAACAGCACAUUCUGCAAGGCUGUGCUCUAAGGAAAAUUGAAGGGAGCCCAGUGAUCUGAAACUGUAAAAUCUAGGGUGCCCAGCAUAUUUGUAUGAAAAAACUGAGAUUUCCUAAUUACCCGAGAGCGAAAGUUGGGCACCAGGGGCCACCGGACUUUGCUAAAGCCCUGUUCUGGUUGCACAGACCCGACCCAAGCCAUCAUGUCUUUGUUCAUUGUUCUUGUAAGCAGGAUACAAAAGAGCGAUAUUGGGGACAACAAUUUUGUCAAGUGGUUCAACUGACUGAAAUGACCAUACUGCUCAAAGUGGACCCGUAUAUUCCGGUCGGACCAAACUUAAUUGGUCCGUUCCAUUCGAUGUACAAACCCAAAUUUCUAUUUCUUGAUUUACAUGUAGUUCCAUGGUUGUUUCAAGGUACAUGUAUUUGUUAAGACUGUUUUCCUUGAGGGUGGCUUUCAUCUUACUCUGGUCAAAGAACACUACAUAUUUCCUUUUAAAAACAGUUUAAUUUUUCUCUUUGAUUACAUUUUCUUUUUUCAUAAACUGAAAUUAUUAGAGGGAGGCAAAAAUUUAACAUUUGUCUGAAAAAGAAAAUCAGAAAGGAAAACAGGGGGAUGGGGGUUUGCUGUUCCUUUUAAUUGUGUCCCAAGCUUUGUCUAGAAACAGCAUUAAAGAUUUAUUUUUAUCUUUGUAGUGUUUCUAGGUUUUCAAGCACAACAGAAAACUCUCAGCUCCUACGUGGGAGACAUAGAAGAAGAAGAAGGAGACCCAGGAUGCCCAGGGUUCAAAGAGUGAGUACUUGGGCCUUUUUUUGUUUAGAGAUCAUCUUGUUUUGUCUUUUCAGCUAGUGGUGAAUAACAUACAUUGAACCUCCAUGAAACGAUCACCUAAAGUACCAAGUCUUUAUGCUUGCGGACUCCUAGGCAGCGUUCACACUUUGUGCCUGGGAACAGUGUUUGAGGGUGGUACUUGCGAGGCACUAAUGUGAUAACACCCUUUUUUCAAGUGGCUACCCUAGGUUUUUGGCACAGUACUAGUGCCUGAGCUUGUACUUGGGCGCAGAAGUGGGCAGCAGGGCCCUGUGUGUACCCUGUUAUUGUUAGUUUCAGGGCGAAUUAGAGCAACUAUGUACAAAGUCACAUACUCGGUCAAGAGGUGAACACAACACUAUUUUGUUCUGUUACUGAGGCACUGGUUUCCGGGCACCAAGUGUGGACUGCCUCUUAGUGCCUUGACCGGGAAAAAUGAUCUUGUAAGGUUACUUUAAAGAAGAGUUUUUACAUAAAAGAGUGAAAAGAAUGAAUUUCUUGUUUACAAAAUAUUACUGUUCUGUACUGAAUUACUGCAUAACAGUCUUGUCAUUUACUUUUAAACUGAAUUUAGAAUGAUAUUAGUGACCAUUGAGGUUCGAUAUUGGUUAGAGGGGGCCUAUUUUAAGAUAUUUUAAAUAGUGUGUGAUUAGAAUUUGAGGUGUUCAAUGAUGUUAAUUAACAUUUAUUAAUUUCCUUUUUUAGUGUUCGUCCUUCAGCACAAUUACAGAAUCAACAAUGUCUCUGAACAUUAUCACAGUCACUCUAAAUAUGGGUGAGUCCCCUGACCCCGUUUUAAAACCAGUCAUUACUGUGGAUGCUCUAAAAAUAAGAUUUCUGCUCAAAUUUCUACAGAAUUUUCUAGGAGGUUCUUGCAAAGAAACCAUGAAUCUGUCUGUAUCUCAAAGAGCAACUGUGAUCCUUUCUUCAUUGUAAUCAUCUGAAGUAGUUCAGAUUCGUGAGAACUUGUCAUUUACAUAACUUCAAGGAUUACAUAAUUUAUCAUCCAUGCAUGCGUCAUUGUGGUCAAACAUAUGUGAAGUAUAUGUUUAGUGCAUACCUACUUGUUGAUAUAAGUUAUCAUGUGAAGUCUAGUCUUCUAUAAAUAACAGAAAUCUACACAUUCCACAAAAUGUUANUAGAAUUUGAGGUGUUCAAUGAUGUUAAUUAACAUUUAUUAAUUUCCUUUUUUAGUGUUCGUCCUUCAGCACAAUUACAGAAUCAACAAUGUCUCUGAACAUUAUCACAGUCACUCUAAAUAUGGGUGAGUCCCCUGACCCCGUUUUAAAACCAGUCAUUACUGUGGAUGCUCUAAAAAUAAGAUUUCUGCUCAAAUUUCUACAGAAUUUUCUAGGAGGUUCUUGCAAAGAAACCAUGAAUCUGUCUGUAUCUCAAAGAGCAACUGUGAUCCUUUCUUCAUUGUAAUCAUCUGAAGUAGUUCAGAUUCGUGAGAACUUGUCAUUUACAUAACUUCAAGGAUUACAUAAUUUAUCAUCCAUGCAUGCGUCAUUGUGGUCAAACAUAUGUGAAGUAUAUGUUUAGUGCAUACCUACUUGUUGAUAUAAGUUAUCAUGUGAAGUCUAGUCUUCUAUAAAUAACAGAAAUCUACACAUUCCACAAAAUGUUAAAGUUAAAGUUGUUGUUAUUUUUGUUUUCAGAUAAAGUCAAUUUUCUAGGAAUUAGUAUUGUUGGUCAAAGCAACAAAAGAGGGGAUGGUGGAAUUUAUGUUGGUUCAAUCAUGAAGGGGUAAGUGUUAACUAUUUCUGUGUAAAUGAAGUUAAUAAUUUUGAACCGGCUAUUUGGGAUUAAUACCUUUAAAAAAUGCUAGUCCAUAACCUCUGAAGGGUGUGUUUAGGUCAGGAAAAAUGGUGUCUAUUACUGCUGACCCUUAUCCACAUUCUGUCUGUAUUCAUUUAUGAAUAAAAUCAAAACUUCAGAAAUGUUUUUGUUAGUAAGGUUUAAGAAUGCAAUACUCUUAAAACUCGUGAUGCCAAUUGUCAUUUUCAAGUAGUAAUGAAGUUAUUGUUUACAGUUUUUCUUUGUAUUGAGCAUUUGUAAACAGGUCUUGUGUUUUUUUUCUUUUCGACUGAAAGUGACAUUUUUGUCAAUGUCAAAAUGUUGUCUUUUUUUUUUUUUUUUACAGUUUUUUAUUUUUUGCAAAAAAAAUACAAAAAAAUCUUAAUUUUAAAUUUUAAUGGAAAAAAAAUUUUUUUCAAUUAAAACAUUUAAGAAAAAAAGUAGUCGUAUUCCUUUAGGAUUUUUUUUAUUUUUUAUCAAUUUCAUAUUUUUUUUUUUUUUUUAUUUUAAAAAAUAAAAAAAAAUAAAAAUUUUGAUGUGUUUUUUUUUUUUUAAUAAAAAAUAAAAUUAUUGUUUAAUUUUUUUUUUUUUUUUUUUUUUUUUUAAUAUGUUUUUUUUUUUUUUUUUUUUUUUUUUUUUUUUUUUAUUUUUUUUAAUUUUAAAUUUUUUUUUUUUUUUUUUUUUUUUACAGUUUUUUAGUUUCUGCAAAAAAAAUACAGAAAAAUCUUAAUUGUAAAUUUUAAUGGAAAAACAAUCUUGUUCAAUUAACACAGUUAAGUGAAAAAGUAGUCGUCAUGCUUUAGGAUUAUUUCUAGUUUUGAUCAAUCCACAUAGUUUAUUGCAAUCAGAGAAGAUAACAAUUCACUGAUCCUUGUCUUAUCCUCCCUCUCUAAUGUAAACAGAGGUGCAGUUGAUUUGGAUGGUAGAAUAGAACCAGGAGAUAUGCUCCUCCAGGUAUGUGCAGCAUUUCCUUAUUUACUAUAUAUCCACUUAUAGCCUAGGAGGUUUAUUUAUUUCAAGCACAUUUGAGUGAUGGUGGGGGUGGGACGGUAUUUAAUUUAGCAAAGAUGAUGGUAUCAGUUCUCCAUAAAGAACUAGAAUGCAAAGUGGAAAAGCUCAAGUACAAGAAGUUGAAGUCAUGCAGCCAAGGAUUAAGAACAAAUACAAACUUCCACCUUGUGAAUAAACCAUCCUAGAUCAGUCCACACAAAGUUUUACAGUGGUCAGUAAUAAUAAGGGGAGGGAAGGAGGAGCUGAUUAACUUUCUUCCCCUGAAAAGGGAGGGCUUAUUAGAGAGGGGGGCGCUUAAUAGAGGAUUUAUGGUACUUAAAGUACUUGAUCAUUCUUUUGUCCUUCUAGAACAUUUCAUUGGGAAGAAUGUUGUAUAACACAGGUUUUUAGCUACCUGGUUGACAUGAAUGAACAGUCAUAAAAAGGUUAUUAAAAUAAUAAUAAGUUUUUGACCUUGAUUUCUGAUCCCUUUUCCUUGUUUCAGGUCAAUGAUGUUAAUUUUGAAAAUAUGAGCAAUGAUGAUGCUGUGCGGGUUUUAAGAGAGAUGGUCCACAAACCUGGGUAAGGCUCUUAAAAGAAUUGUCCCAGAUAUUAAAUGUGUGCCCUUUUUGAAGGCGGCAACAAAAAUAAUCUUGGUGAUGUUUUUUUUAUUCACAUUAUCCUCUUUGGUCCCCCUUUUUAACCAGAUUCAGGAAAUCCAGUAUCAUUUUCUUGAAUUAAGAGAUGAUUUAUUGCUCUUAACCAUGUCUUAUUUCGUCUCAUUUGUAGUCAGUUCAAUGUGGUUUUAAUAAAAGGAAACCGUGAAUAUACUGUAUGGUUGAAACACUUCAUUAAACCAUUUAGUUGUUUACACUUGAUGUUUGAAGGACUUCUUUGAUAUUUGAAGGCUGUGAAUGACAAUUUUACUUGAUCUCAAGGCAUAAAUGAUUAUGUUAGAUGUAACACUAUAGCAACAGAUUUAUCAUCUGGUAAAUACAUAUCAAAAAUGCUGCUUCUAUGCAUGUUUCUCAUUUAUCCUAUUAUAAAUUACUUUUCAGACCUAUUACGCUGACUGUAGCAAAAUGUUGGGAUCCAACCCCCAAAGGAUACUUUACAUUACCUCCAAGUAUGUAUCAAUUUUUUGUACUUUGUAAUAGGCCUAUUUUCCUAUGUGUUUUGGGGUUUAAAUUUUCUUGUGAACUCAUAGCAGAAAAUGUGAGCUUUGUAAUACAUAAGGGAAAGAUUUUACAACAAUUUGAAAAUGUCAAAAUUUAUAAUGAUUUGUAUGAGAAACCACUUAAAUGUGACUAGGUGGCAAGAGUUGUUUUUCCAUACAAUCCUUUUAAUUUUCCGUAACCGUUGUUUUGAGAUAUACAACAGAAAAUUUACAAGUUACCUAAUUUUAAUAUGCUCUUUCAGUUCCUGCGAACAAUUUCCAAAGUGAAUUUUUUUCAAGUUUACCGAAAGUUGAACAUGUGAUCAACCAUUGCAAAAGGCCCACGCUGACUUAGUUGUGUGCAGUGUGCUAACAUUUGGGUUACCUUUCUGUUUUCUGGUCUAGGUGAACCAAUUCGUCCUAUCGAUACGUCUGCGUGGGUCCAACACACAACAGCAAUGGCUCGUAAGUACUUCAAAGUCACCUCCGAAAUUGAAAUUUUUAUGUGCAUGAGUAAAGUAAGGGUAAAAUGACAUGAAAAAUCUCCUGCUUAUAAUUUUCUCAUGGUCUUGUUUUCUACUGAAUUUUAGAACUUGGUAACCCAGCAGUCCAAUAUGGAAAACAGCCGAACAGCCAAUCACUGACCACCAUGACGUCUACAAGCUCAUCAAUGACGAGCUCCCUACCAGAGUCGGACAGUGAGUUGCUUUGUGGUUCUCAACCCUUUAAACCAUAAAAUAAAAUAUCAAACUUGAAAUUCCCAUUUGUUGCCCCUGUACAUUUCCUAAAAAGGAGUGGGGAGAAUUUGUUCAAGUAUCAACUAGAUAUGUCUUGCAAAGUGACAGUCUACAGCUGUAAAUGUUUGUAAGUUCUGUUGGCUUUAUUUAGGGUUUAUUUUCUCUUUUGUUCUAGGAUAUACGGAGCUUCCAGAAGGGGAAGGCCUCUCAGUAAACACAGACAUGACUACUAUAGUAAAAACAAUGGCAGCUCCAGAUUCAGGUCUUGAUGUCAGGGAUAGGAUGUGGCUUAAAAUUACUAUUCCUAAUGCUUUUAUAGGUGUGUAUCAUCUUUGAUGCUUUCAUCAAACUUUACUGUUGAGCAUAGGGUAAACAGGGUUAACCUGUGUAGCUGGCAGAAUUGUUUGUGCGUGUGAGAGUGUUGGCAGUUAAGACAUCAAUCUCUAAGCUUUGUCGCAAGAAGCAAGCACCACAGGUUCGUAGCUUCUCUGCCAAAACUUUGCUCGUACUAACAAUCGUGCUGGCUACACGGGCUAAAACAGGAUUCAUACAGGUCAUGGAAAACCUAGAAAGUCAUUGAAUUUAAGAAUUUUGUUUUCCAGGCCUGAAAAGUCGUGGAAAAUAAGUAACUUAUUGAAGUUAUGUUUAGUAGAUUAGUUACUGCAAUUAUUUCAAAGCAAGGACAUGGAAUUUAGAGACAGUGCAAAUGACACUUGUUUUGGACAUCAGAGUUUGUCUCUCUUGAACUGGGUUAGAUAAAAAAAUCACCAAAAUUAAGAAUAGUUUAGAAAUUUUUGAAAAUUACAGCCAAACCUAAGGUCGUGGAAAAAGUCAAGGAAAUUCAAGGAAUUUGAAGACCUCAAAACAUAAAGAAAUUCUGGGUAAAGUGCAUGUUUCUCACAACACCUUGUCUAAUUUCUUUAUUAUAUUUACACUGCAGGUUCUGAUGUUGUAGACUGGCUUUACAACCGUGUAGAAGGAUUUCAAGACAGACGUGAAGCUAGAAAGUAUGCCUGCAAUCUUUUAAAGGUAGGUCUGCACUUCUGCCCACUAGCAAAUUACACGUCCUUAGUACAAACUUGUGAGGUCUUUACAUUUAAAAAGUGUUAUCAGCUUUUCUCUAAAUCAACCCAUGGGCUAAAGUUUAAUUUUCUUCUGAAUAAUUAAGAAAGUAAACUACGAAUUAGAUUACUAGACUCAUAAUAUUAUUAUCAGAUAAUCUUGUCAAUAACAUAUGUGGUAAAUGAUUUGGUAAUUAUUCUAGACUUUUCUACCUUUUUUUGUCGUUAAAAAUAUUUCUUUUUUUCUUGCCUACAGGCUGGCUUUAUUCGUCACACAGUGAAUAAGAUUACCUUCUCAGAACAGUGCUAUUAUGUUUUUGGAGAUCUUUGUGGAAGUAAGUUCUUUAUUUUCUUCCCUUUUAUAUUUUAGUCAGUGCCUUAGGGAUGAAAAUGUAAAAUAGUUAAUUUUCCAAAAUCAUUAGUGUUAUUUUCUUUGUUGUAUUAUCAAGCCAGGUUAUCUAUCUCCUAUAUUGCCACUAAUUUAAUUAUUUAAAUUUCCAAAUAUAUUAACAGUCUUGUUUAUAGCCUAGAGCUAUUUUGAUACCCCAUACCACUCUGGAUGCUUCUGGUCUGAAACUAAAUUGGACUAGCAGAUGUGCUGACUACUUAUUUAUGUGAUGAUUACUAAAUUAUUGUGUAUUGUGUUGCUGAAUGUCAAAGCUGGAAACUUUCUUUGAAUAUUUGAGUUAUGAAUUGGCUUGUGGCUUGUGGAUUAUUAUAUUCUUAUGCUAAUUCUCAAGGCUGUUCUCCAGUAAGAUAAAUCAAAGGAACCUAGUGCCCUGAACCUGUGAACUCAAGGGUGUCCAGUAUAUGAUUUUCGUGAAAAAAGAAAGAAAAGCCAAGAUUUCCUAAGGUCUCCCAAGAGCAAAAGUGGGGGACCAUGGACCACUGGGCAAAGCUAGUGUAUAGCCCCUGUACUGUUAUUCUAGUUGCAAGUCAUCUGUAAAUCAGAAGGGGGCAAGAAUACCAGUUUUGUUGUGACAUUUUUCACAAGAAAUGCUAAUUCAACCCUAAGAUCUUAUUAUCAGAUCAUUAUUUGGCAUUAGUUACCCAAAAUUUAUGAUAAUAUUUUUUUUUCUGGUAGAAUAUCCUUUAUGAGAAAAUUUGCUAUAAUUUAAGGCAAUGUGCAAAGAAGGUUUUGUCUGGGUUUAGUGGAUUUUGCUUUCUGGCUAGUGACUUCUGUUCUUAACUUGCCCGACGGGAAAGGGAAUUUAAAGAGAACUGUAAUCAAUGCUACCGGUCAAGAAUUGUAUUGGGGCUUGUUAAAACUGCUCUUGGGUUAGUACACGCUAGCUACGGCUUUCCCAAAGGGUAAGCUGUAAAACAGACUUUCUUUGCACCCUGGACUUACUGCUUUGAUUGGUAAAAGGCAUCCUUUGCAUUGCAUUUUCAAACUGUUUCUAGGAAUCGAUCCUUAACAGUUGCUCCGUGUUUGUGUUUUUAGAUAUGGCAGCUCUUACAAUUCAUGAGCACGAGGGUGAUGGUGACAACGACACUCUGGGACCCCUCCCUCCACACCAGCAAGGAAUCUCCUGGAUGGCAGGACCCCCAAGUUAUGGCUAUCAUCAAAUGCCUCCUUACCCCACAGCCCCCCCACUCAUGGUUGAUGCACAGACACCAGGGUAUGCGCAGUCAUUUUAUAGUGCACACAGUGGUAGCCAAAGCCCUCACAGUGCUAGUGGCAGCUCUAAAAGAAGCGGUGGUGGCGGUAACCGUGGAGAUGGCGACAACAGAAGUAGUGGUGGAAGCAGUAGCGGGAAGAGUGGUAGCAGCAAGGGAAAGGAUCGUGAUGCACGCAGCGUGGAAGGGUCAGCUGCUCCAAUACUCCCUGCACCACCCCCGGUUGGGGUACCCAUGCCCGGGACCCCUGGACUCGCUAUGAUACCGAGACCACUUGAUCAAGUCCCUGAUAAUCUGUCAGCGAGUAGGAACAGUUUUAGGAUGGCCAUGGGAAAUCCUUGUGAAUUCUUUGUAGAUGUCAUGUGAGGUGAAUUGGAUAUAAUGCUGGCAAGUUGAAUCAUGGAAUAAGUGGCAGCGAUCAUGCCCUGUGACAGCAGCCCACAGUAGCUGGUCAGAGUCCAAGCUAUGAGCCUCCCAUGCUACUUAGCAACACCUGUCUGAAGAUCCUGUUUAAGUUUUUGUUCUUCUGCCGACAGCUGAACAAAAGACCAGUACAGUAGUUAUAAAGAAUUAGCUGCCUUCUCAAUUCUAAAAUAGCGAAUGAGGUCCUGUGGUAAAUUUCCUACGACUUCCAGAGCAAUAAAUUAAUUGACAUAAUUAUUAGUUAUUAUUUCCAUUUGUACAUAGUGUGGCAUUGGUGCUUUUGAGAUGUUAGGUUUGUACAUAAAAUGCAGCAUGAGUUAUUUUUAAUGGCAAAGAGACGUCAUUUUUAUCUAGCAAACUUUUGAGGUACAAGAAAAAUUUGGGGGAUCUUGGACGAUCCCAUAGUAUUUGACCCGAUCAUAGCCUGUUUUAACUUCCCGUGAACCUCUGAUUUUACUCGAGGAAAUGACUUAUUGAAUUCUCAAUAUAAUAAAGUAUCCCAGAGCUUUAGUCGUCUCGCAUUAUUUGGAGAGUUUUCAAAAGGUAGCCCACACCUAUACUUCCCAUGCGUGAUCAAAGGCGCAAGCCAAUCCCAAGGUUUAUUUAACUCUUUUAAGAGUGAUCAACAUCAAAUUUCUUCUUGUAAUAUCUAUCUUUUAUAAGACUGAGUACUGACGACAUGAUCACAGGAGACGAAUCUAUUUGAUACUUCAACAAAUUCUCCCCACUACUAGUAUUAAAAACGUAUGGGGACAACAAAUGAGAAUUUUUAUUUUGAUGUAAGGGGGUUAUAAAUGCGGAACAUUCCACCCUACAAGUGCGAUGCCAAAGAGGUUUUCGUUGGUCGCGCAGUAAGAUACCGUCCAAAAAUGUUGGUAGGAGACUAGGUUAUACGUCUCUCAAUGCCUUUUUGUGUGAAAGGGUCUUGAUUGAUCUAUAUUUGAGACAUACCAGUAGUCAUCACUAACUUUUUAUCCGUUGCAUGAUAGUGGCUUUCAAUGGAAACUUAGCGUUAGUCAGGGGCACCCAACGGCAAUUUUCGGGAAAAUAUCUGUUCGGAAGACGAUUUGAGAUCUAGAAUUUUCGGACCAUUUGUUGUAAAAUUUCUUGCUUGCCUACCUCUCCUAGGAUUUUCGAACAUCUACAAAAUGGUAUAAUUACCCAUUUUUAACGGAUUUUGACCCUAAAAAAGGCCACCUAGAAUUUUCGGGAGCCUUUUCCUGGCUGAAAUUUUCGAGAAGGUAAGUUUUUAUCCCUAUAAUUUUCGGAUCACUAGACUUUCAGCUAGGAAAUCCGAACAGAUGAAAAGUUUUUAGGGGAUAAAAAUAUGCCUAUAUCUACCGUUUGAAUACUAAAAUACAUUCAACAAUGCUAUGUUAAGUGGUUUUGAACUAUAUCCUCGUUGGGUGCCCUUGGUUAGUGAGAGACAAUUGGAAAAUCAUAGGAUUCUAUAAUUCAAUAAAAACAAUUCAAAUGAGGACAGUUUUACAUUGUAAAGAAGGGAGAGGUAGGGUUUUGUUCUCUUUUUUUGGAGUAAAUCUUUUCCACCAAAUAAAGUUAAACAAACG